CGGGGAGGUGAGGGCCAUCUGCGAACACCUGACGCGGACGCAGCCCUGGGAUUUAUGGAUUGGCCCAUUUAACCGUUAUUACAGAUAGCAUGACAAGUUCUCUAAAGUUGCAGAGGUCUUAUCAUCUUUUCUAGUGACCCGAAGGACACGGAGUCCCCCCCCUGCGGAGUUAGCGGUGCUCGGGUCCGGGAGCAACAUGGCGGCGUCCAUGCGGGGCUAGUUUGGGGACUAACUAGGCUGUCUUGCCCGACUCUGACCGAGUGAAGUUUUCCCCAAGUUAAAGAAUUGUCUACUAACAGGCGGACACCUUCGGAGACCCGCCAUUCGCUCGGGACCACACUAAAGAGCGGAGUCCUGAGCACUGACCAAGAUGAGUAACAUCUACAUCCAGGAGCCGCCCACUAAUGGGAAGGUUUUAUUGAAAACUACAGCUGGAGAUAUUGACAUAGAGUUGUGGUCAAAAGAAGCUCCAAAGGCAUGCAGAAAUUUCAUUCAGCUCUGUUUGGAAGCCUACUACGACAAUACCAUUUUUCACAGAGUUGUACCUGGCUUCAUAGUCCAAGGUGGGGAUCCCACAGGCACCGGGACUGGUGGAGAGUCCAUCUAUGGAGCCCCUUUCAAGGAUGAAUUUCACUCGAGGUUGCGUUUUAAUAGGAGAGGACUGGUUGCCAUGGCAAAUGCUGGUCCACAUGAUAAUGGCAGCCAGUUUUUCUUUACCCUGGGUCGAGCAGAUGAACUUAACAAUAAGCACACCAUCUUUGGAAAGGUUACAGGGGAUACAGUAUACAACAUGCUGCGCCUGACAGAGGUAGAUAUCGAUGAUGAUGAAAGACCCCGCAAUCCACAUCGAAUCAAAAGUUGUGAGGUUUUGUUUAAUCCUUUUGAUGACAUCAUUCCAAGAGAAAUUAAAAGGCCCAAAAAAGAGAAACCAGAGGAGGAAAACAAGAAAUUGAAACCCAAAGGCACAAAGAACUUUAGCUUACUCUCUUUCGGAGAAGAAGCUGAGGAGGAGGAGGAGGAAGUGAACCGAGUCAGUCAGAGCAUGAAGGGGAGAAGUAAAAGCAGCCACGAUCUGCUCAAGGACGAUCCACACCUCAGCUCUGUCCCCGCUGUGGAAAGUGAAAAAGAUGAUGCAACAGGAGAUUUAGAAGAUGAUGGAGAAGAUGAAAGUGCAGAGCAGGAUGAAUCCAUUGAUGGCGAUGAAAAGAACCUGAUGAGAGAAAGAAUUGCAAAAAGGUUAAAAAAAGACACAAGUGCAAAUGUGAAGUCAGCUGGAGAGGGAGAAGGAGAAAAGAAGCCGGCCAGCCGCAGUGAAGAGCUCAGAAAAGAAGCAAGGCAACUGAAGCGGGAACUCUUAGCCGCGAAACAGAAAAAGGAGACUGCAGCCAAAGCAGAGAAAGGGAGUGAAGAGGAAGAGGCUGCCCCAGAUGGCGCUGUUGCAGAAUACAGGCGAGAAAAGCAAAAGUACGAAGCUCUGAGGAAGCAGCAGCCGAAGAAGGGAACUUCCCGGGAAGAUCAGACCCUGGCACUGCUCAGCCAGUUUAAAUCUAAGCUCACCCAAGCAAUCACUGACACGCCUGAGAGCAGCGUUCCGGAAGCGGAGGUGGAAGACGAUGAAGGAUGGAUGUCACACGUGCUCCAGUUUGAGGACAGAAGCAGGAAGGUGAAGGAUGCGAGCAUGCAGGACUCAGACACGUUUGAGAUCUACGAUCCUCGGAACCCAGUGAACAAAAGGAGAAGAGAGGAGAGCAAGAAGCUGCUGAGAGAGAAGAAGGAAAGGAGGUGAGAGCAGCGUGGUGACGCCAGAGCAGCUGGCAGCGUGCCCGCAGUCAGUGUCCUUGUGACAGCCAUGGACCGCGGCGGACGGGUGUGAAAGUAUGUCUGAACCUGUUCUCUGGCUCAGAAAACAGAUACUUUGUUUUGUAAAUUUGGAAUGAUGUAAGCAAAUGCUUUUGGUUACUGAUACAUUUUUUUGUCCUUAAUUGACCUUUUAUAUUGCUAAAUCUGAAAUAAAAUCAGUUUCUUUCCAGUUUAAAUGUUAA